AUGGUAAAGAAAACGGCGAUUGACGACACAAAACAAAGCUGGAGCAACUUAGCUGAUCUCCGUCUCCCUGCCUCAAGAGAAAAAGUAAGUAUCUGAUAGAGGGAGAUACAUCGCCAUGAUUCUCGCGGUGUUAUUCGCCAACUCUGAAGGCAACAUCUUAGUUGAACGCUUUAAUGGAGUUCCAGCUGAGGAACGGCUGCAUUGGAGAUCUUUCCUAGUUAAACUGGGAGCAGAUAAUCUUAAAGGUGUUAAAAAUGAAGAGCUGCUUGUUGCUUCUCACAGGUCUGUUUACAUUGUUUACACGGUGCUUGGAGAUGUCAGUGUCUAUGUUGUUGGCAAAGAUGAGUAUGACGAACUUGCAUUGGCAGAGGUGAUCUUUGUUAUAACCUCAGCUGUAAAGGAUGUAUGUGGGAAGCUACCAACAGAGCGCCUUUUUCUGGAUAAAUACGGAAGGAUAUGCUUGACUUUGGAUGAAAUUAUUUGGAAGGGAUAUCUAGAGAACACGGAUAAAGACAGGAUCAGGAGAUUAGUACGUUUAAAACCUCCAACCGAGUUUUAGGCUGAGAACACCCUACUGUCACAGCCCAUUUGGAGGCAGUAGAUUCAGGGUCCUGUACUCUACUGAAAGGCAUGGUAUAUCCUCUGCUGUAGUAUGUAUUUACUAUGCGGGUAUUUUGUAAUAUCAUGCUUCCUAUUCUGCAUAACAGAUAUUUUUCAGUUCUGGGUUGGAGCUUAUGGAACUGUUAGAUGGACAUUGUGAUAUCCUCGCAUUGAUAGGAUACCAGUGAAAUGUUUUUUUAUUUUAUUUUUAUUUGAAGUUGUGACUUAAGAUGAGUUUGAAGACAUAAUUGUACUUUAUUGUUAUUUUCAUGACCUUACUAACUUGAGAAUAUAUAUAACCCAAAUAAUUUGGUAUUGUGCUUUUGUACAUAA